AUGUGCCCCAGUCUCCUCAGCCUCCUGGGUCUCGGAUUGUGUGUGAGUCUGAGGAUCUGGGCAGCUGUGGGUAAAUAUGAGAAGCUGUCUUUGUCCGCCUGGCCAAGCCCCAUGGUUCCCUUAGAACAGAAUGUGACUCUUCGGUGUCACUCCCGUUCUCCACUUAACAGGUUCAGACUGUUCAAAACAGAUGGGAAACGGCGUUUGCCUGAGCUCCAGGGAUAUUAUUUCAACAACUUCACCCUUGGCCCAGUGACCAAAGAACAUGCCGGGUCCUACAUGUGUUCUGUAGCCAACUGGUCCACACUCAGUGACCCCCUGCAGAUUGUUGUCACAGGUGUGUCCACAAAACCCACCAUCUCAGCCCACCCAGGGCCCCUCGUGCAGGUGGGACAGAAUGUGACCCUCCGCUGUCACUCACUGGUGUGGUUUGACAACUUUACCCUGCACCAAGAAAACAGCACAGAGCUAUCUCAGAGACCUGGACAGAUGCUCACUGGCGAGUAUGCCGCAGCUGACUUCUUCAUUGGCCCCAUGACUCUGGCGAGUGCGGGCACCUACAGAUGCUAUGGCUCUCUCAGACGCUCCCCCUAUGAGUGGUCAGCCCCCAGCGACCCUGUGGACAUCAUCAUCACAGGUCGGUCCAAGAAACCCUCUCUCUCAGCCCAGGGGGGGCCCGUGGUGAGGUCAGGAGAGAAUGUGACCUUGGUCUGCAGCUCCGAGAGCACCUUUGACCAGUUCCAUCUGCUCAGGGAGGGGGGGGGACCUUGGGCACCUCUCGCUGCCAGGCGGGUCCCCCGCGGAGCACUCCAGGCAGAGUUCCCUCUGGGUCCUGGGACCCCAGCCCACAGCAGGGUUUACAGGUGCUACGGCUCCUUCACUCGCUCUCCCUACUCGUGGUCAGACUCCAGCGACCCCCUGUUCCUGUCUGUCACAGGAUCCACUACAAGUACUUGCCCGUCAACCAUGGAUCCACACACCACAGAAGAAGCACCCCUUCCUCAAGAACACUCCAGCAUGUGGCACAUUGUCCUUGGGCUCUCCAUAGCUUUUACCUCUAUCAGCAUCAUCCUCUCUGCUCUUGUCUGUCACUGGUGUUCUACCCAAAAUCAUGUUGCCAUCAUGGAAGGAGAGCCCAUGGAAGACAGAACAGUGAAUGGCGAGGACUCUGCAGUAGAAGACGUGAUAUAUGCUCACUUGGACCUCGGGACCCUCUCCAAGAGACAGUCCACUCCCACUUCCCUGAGGCCCAUGCACCCCUUCACCGAGCCCAUUAUCUAUGAGGAAUUCAACAUAAACCAAGACCAUGCUGAGCCCUGACUUGGCCCCAUCCUCUGAGCACACAGAGUGUUAGAAAUCAAGGACCUAGAUCUCUUGUUAAAGGGGUUCCUCGUGGACACUCCUUCUCCUCCAAAGCAGCCCAGCAGCUCUGAGGUGAGGAGUGGAGUCCAAGAAUUAUAGUAUCAUCUUAAAAAAUCCCACCACUUCUUAAUAAUCUCCUAGCUAUUCCAGGACUCUAUUGUAACUAUGUCACUGCUUGGGGAGAUGCUAUAAUCAAUUGCUCAUACUAGGUAGCUUAUCAUGAUCACCCUACUUUUUCUAAAAUUCCAAUAAAGCAUAAAAAACUUGCCAGUUGAUUCUUCAAAUUAUUCAGUUUAAAAUAAAACAAAAUGAAUAAAAGUAAACCCUUCUAUUCAGUAAUAUUUUACAAGGGUAGACUUAUUUACAAGACUGAAACAGACUUGUAGACUUAGAGAAACAAACUUAGAGUUACC